AUGCUCGCCGGCGCCCUCUCCUACUUUGGAGGCCUCGCCACCUUUGGGCAGGUCCUCUUCGCCCUCCCCAUGGCCCUCGACCUCCUCGGGCCGCCCUCGUUCCUCCUCCUCUCCCUCCUCUUCACCCUCCACCACUUUGGUUAUAGCACUCUCCGACUGCUGCUCAAGAACACAGUCUUCGCGCCACUCAUCACCGUGUUAUCCUUCUUCUCGCCCCUCAUCAGCGGCCUCUGCGUUCUCCUCACAUUCUACUACUACAUCACGCCCCCAGAGAACUCGCGCUUCGGGCACGUCCUCGUCAACGUCCUCCCGUACCUGUACGCGAGCGUACUGCGCUGGGUAUCGCCUCUCUUUACCCUCAUUGAAGGAAUCUCGACGCUUCUCGUCAUCCAGAUCACGGGCCGGAUCGGCAAGGGCUGGACUGCCGAUGACGACAAGGAGGAGGGUUUCGAGUGGCGCGGACUCGUGGGGCUCGUUUUCUCUUCGCUCGUCUACUCAAGCGCUUUGUGGCUCAUCGUGUACGCGUUCCCAGACAUGCCCUUCCCGGCAUUCCUCCUCGGCGUUGCGCUUGCGGCUACAGUCUUCCUGAGUGUCACGGGCUUCACCCUGCGGCGAACAAACGUCAUCGAGACGGCGUUCGUCCUCCUCUACGUCGCGUAUUCAGCGUGGUUGUCCGGCGUGGAGAGAGCCAUGGAACCCCGCCAGUUCGGCACCGGAUGGCUCUCGCACGACUGGGCAGUCCCGAAGAGUGUGUCAGCGCCUAGCGUCAACGCGCUGGCGCACUACGCCGUCGGCUCGGCGAUCGACAGCGUGUGGGCCGUCGCGGGCGCGCUGCCACCGCACGUCCUCCUGUCUCUCAUCUACCGCGUAGUUGUGCUGCACUUCGCCGCUCGCAUCGUGCCGAUGAUCCGCCGCGGUUGGGAGGAUGGGAGCGACACCGCGGGACCCAACUUCUGGGACGGCCGGAGUCUUGGCGAGGAACCAACUAACAUGCGCAUUACUACGAUCGUGUUGUCGUACCGCCGUGCGAUCCUCAUCGCCGUGUACACCCACCUCCUCCUCCUCGACGCCGGGUCACAAACGUGGUGGCGGUGGGUCAACAUCGCGCUGUUCCUGUCUGUAUGGAGCCUCGAGUUGCUGCUCGACCCCGACGACGACGCGGAGAGCGUUAAGCCCUGGAAGACCGACUAG